AUGCUUUCAGAACAGACUGCAGCACUCAGGACAGGAUGGGAGUCAACAAAUGUACAGCUGGAUAGAGCACGGCCCCCUGCAGAAAGGGGAAGCCAGGAAGAGGGGCCACGGAGGACAGCAGCAGGGCCACUGGAGCACUUGUACUGUGGACUGGAAGAGGAACCACAGUCUCUCCAAGAGAAGGCUCAGUCUGCUCCCUGGGUUCCUGCAAGUACCCAGGAAGGGAGCGCCGGAGACUGGGAGAUGGCCACUGCACUUCUUGCAGCUGGAUCACAGGGACUGGUAACCAUCAAGGAUGUGUCUCUGUGCUUUUCUCAGGAGGAGUGGCGGAGCCUGGACCCCUCUCAGACAGAAUUCUAUGGAGAAUACAUUAUGCAGGAAAACUGUGGGAUAGUGGUCUCCCUGCAAUUUCCAAUUCCCAAACUGGACAUGCUUUCUCCAGUAGGAGGAGGGGGACAACCAGGGUUCCCUGACCCCCAGGACACAGAGGAGAGAGACAUUGUGAGGGUCACAUACACAGGAGAUGCAAGUGAACAUGAGGCAGAUACAGAAGCAGAUCCUCCCAGAACGUUCUCCAGUGUAUCCGAAGAUACUAUUCUUUGGAGCCCAAAACAGGAUGACAGCUGGGACUCCACUCAUAGGAGCUCCAGAAGAAUGCUCCUGGGCCCACCUUUCCUUCAGGAAGAUAGCUUCUCAAACCUACUGUGUAGCACAGGGGUAGAUUCCCUGUUAAGACUUCAUACAUGCCCCCAGUAUGGGAAACAGUUUGUGUGGGGCUCCCAUCUUGCUAGGCACCAGCAGACUCACACUGGAGAAAGGCCCUACAGCUGUCUCAAGUGUGAGAAGAGCUUCAGGAGAAGACACCACCUAAUAAGGCACCAGAAAACCCACCUCCACGACAAGCCAAGCAGGUACUCUGAGUGUGGCAAGAAUUUCAGAUGCAAUUCCCAUCUGGCCAGUCACCAGAGAGUACACACAGAAGGAAACUACUGCAAGGACCAGGAAGCCAGUGAGAGUCCUGGGGCUAGGAAACAGCAGCGCGCUCCACUGGUGCCAAAAUGCCAUGUGUGCACCGAAUGUGGGAAGAGCUUUGGCCGAAGGCACCACCUAGUGAGACACUGGCUCACCCACACUGGGGAGAAGCCCUUCCAGUGUCCACGCUGUGAGAAAAGCUUUGGCCGCAAGCAUCACCGGGACAGACACCUACUGACCCACCAGGGACAAGGUCCUAGGAGCUGUUGGGACAGAAGGACAUCUGCCUUUUGA